CCAGGUUCUAUGACCCUGCCUGUGCUGGAGAAAAGGGGAGACAUUACCUUGGGGGGACUCUUCUCCCUCCAUGACAUGGUGGUGGAGCACAGUCUGUCUUACACCUCCACACCUCCUCGCACACAAUGCACCAGAUUUAACUUUCGGACAUUCCGUUGGAUGCAAACUAUGAUCUUUGCCAUCGAGGAAAUCAACAGGGAAGGCAGACUCCUUCCCAACAUCACGCUGGGCUAUAAGAUCUAUGAUUCAUGCAGUUCACCUCAUCAGGCUCUGAAGGCCGCCUUGGAGUUAAUGGGGAAUGAGAAGGGUUCAGGGGCUGAAGGUGGGACAGAGGGUAAUGACACCUGUCAUGGAGCUGUACCAGCAGUGAUAGGAGAUGGUGGCUCUACUCAGUCUCUCGUAGUGGCUCGUUUCCUGGGAGUUUUCCAUGUGCCACAGGUUAGUUAUUUCUCGAGCUGUGCCUGUCUCAGUGACAAAAAACAGUUUCCUGCCUUUUUGAGGACCAUGCCCAGCGACUUCUUCCAGGUAGAUGCACUUGUACAGCUUGUCAAGCAUUUCGGCUGGAGUUGGGUGGGUGUGAUUGCUGGGGAUGAUGCCUAUGGCCGUGGUGGAGCAAAUAUCUUUGCCGCUAAGGUUAGAAAGCUAGGUGCUUGUGUUGCCCUCCAUGAAAUAAUCCCUAAGAACCGAGAGCAGGCUGCAGUUUCAUCUAUUGUUUCCAAGAUCCGCUCCUCUGGGGCUCGGGUGAUUCUCGUGUUUGCUGUUGAACAAGAUGCAGCUGCAUUAUUUGAUGAAGCACUCAGAAAGGGGCUGACUGGGAUACAGUGGCUCGCCAGUGAGGCAUGGAGUACGGCUGCCGUCCUCUCUACGCCCAAAAAGUACCACCACAUCCUCCAGGGUUCUAUGGGAUUUGCCAUUCGACAAGCACACAUCCCGGGAUUGCAGGACUUUCUGCUUCGCUUGCAUCCCACCAGCCCAGAUGCCCCCAAAGAUCCUUUCCUGGUACCAUUCUGGGAAGAGGUGUUUCAGUGCAGCCUGAGUUUGCCGUCCAAUGUUCAGGAACAUAAACCCCCCUGCUCUGGAGCAGAAGAAUUGGGGGAUGUAACAAAUAUCUAUUCAGAUGUGUCGCAGCUAAGGAUUUCCUACAAUGUCUAUAAGGCUGUUUAUGCCAUUGGCCAUGCACUCCAGACUAUGAGGAAGUGUGUGAAAGGAAAAGGGCCUUUUCCUCUGCAGGCCUGUCCAGAUAUUGACAAUAUACAGCCAUGGCAGCUGCUUCAUUACAUAAAACAGGUGAAAUACUCAAACUCAUUUGGUGAUGAGACAAAGUUUGAUGAGAAUGGCGACCCUGCUGCCAUGUAUGACCUAGUUAACUGGCAGCUGAGAGCAAAUGGAGAAAUGGAGAUUGUCACUAUUGGCAAAUUCGAUGAGACGACUGGAAAACAAGACCUCCAGAUCCAGGACCACAACAUUGUAUGGAACGGCAACCUAACCACUGUGCCCUUGUCAGCAUGCAGCAGCAUUUGUCCCCCAGGUACACGGAAGGCAAUCAGACCCAACUUCCCUAUUUGCUGCCACGAUUGUGCGGUUUGUACAGCUGGGGAGAUUAGCAAUCAGACCGACGCCAUAGAGUGUGUGCGCUGCCUGCCAGAGUUCUGGUCCAGUCCUGAGAGGACAGCCUGUAUCCCCAAAGAGGUUGAGUUUGUCUCUUUUAGCGACACUAUGGGCAUCACCCUGAUGGCCAUCUCCCUUAUUGGCUCCUUCUUCACCUGCACCGUGUUCUUCAUAUUCACCUAUCACAGAACCACUCCGAUUGUCAGGGCCAACAAUUCUCAGCUGAGCUUCCUGCUGCUCUUUUCCUUGACCCUGUGUUUCCUUUGCUCUCUGACCUUCAUCGGCCGACCUUCUCAGUGGUCCUGCAUGCUGCGCCACACAGCGUUCGGCAUCACCUUUGUCCUCUGCAUCUCUUGUAUUCUGGGGAAAACUUUAGUGGUGCUAAUGGCUUUCAAGGCGUCACUUCAAGGAAGAAAUGUCAUGAGAUGGUUUGGGCCUCAGCAGCAAAAAGCAAUCAUCAUCUUUUGCACACUUAUCCAGGUAAUAAUCUGCACAGUGUGGCUGGUAGUUGCACCCCCCACUCCUCGCACACUGAUGCCCCGCGAGAGUCCGAUCGUCAUCCUCUUGUGUGACGAAGGGUCACCCGUGGCUUUUGCUCUGGUUCUGGGCUACAUUGGCCUGCUGGCCUGCCUCUGCCUCGUCUUGGCCUUCCUGGCGAGGAAACUCCCAGACAACUUCAACGAGGCCCGGCUCAUCACCUUCAGCAUGCUCAUUUUUUGUGCCGUGUGGGUUGCCUUUGUUCCAGCGUACAUCACCUCUCCAGGGAAGUACUCCACGGUCACAGAGGUGUUUGCCAUCCUGGCCUCCAGUUACGGACUGCUGGGCUGCCUCUUUGCACCAAAGUGCUACAUUAUUCUAUUAAGGCCAGAGAAGAACACGAAGAAACACUUGAUGUCAAAAGCUGCCACCGACAGAUUUUGA